UUGUCUAGUCCGGCCAUUUUGAGCACCCUGCAAUGGCGCUCCUCUGCACCACUGGCGUCUCCAUCAAUAUUGUAAUACUUUCAGCACUCCUGUUAUCUACUAAUGUGUUUUCUUCACAUGUACUACAUGGCAACGGCAGCGAGAUCGACCUCUCCACGUUGCUCACUUUCAAGGCUCAUGUCUCUGAUCCAACCGGAAUCCUGGCUAGAAACUGGACAAGAGAGACGUCCUUCUGCCACUGGAUUGGUGUCUCGUGCAGCCAUCGCAACCUGCAGCGAGUUGUCGCUCUGGAGCUGCCGGACAUGCCUCUUCACGGCGAGGUCAUCCCUCAUCUUGGCAACCUCUCUUUCCUCUCUGUCCUCAAUCUAAGAAACACGGGCCUUACCGGUUCUAUCCCACCUGAUCUUGGGAGGCUGCGUAGACUUAGGAAGCUUGCUCUUGGUGAGAACAGUCUUUCUGGUGCCAUCCCUUCUGCCUUGGGGAACCUCACUAGUCUCCAAGUUCUUAUGCUUCGGAAUAAUAGCAUCUCCGGGCAAAUCCCUGAGGAGUUACGGGGUUUGCGAAACAUUAGGCACAUAAACUUUCAAAAGAAUUUGUUGAAUGGUUCAAUACAUGUAGAUUUGUUCAACAACACGCCAUGGUUGAGCUACCUGAAUCUUGACAAUAACAGCUUGUCGGGGAUGAUACCACGCAGCAUAGGCACCCUGCCUGCACUUCAAUCUCUUGGCUUGCAGAAAAACAAGCUUGUUGGGCCGGUGCCGCAAUCCAUCUUCAACAUGUCUAUGCUACAAGAACUGUAUCUUGCGGGUAACUAUCUUGCAGGACCUAUCCCUGGAAACAGAAGUUUCAACUUGCCCAUGCUCAAAACCAUCGCCCUCAGUUGGAACAAUUUCACGGGCGAAAUUCCAGUGGGCCUUUCUAAAUGCCACAAUCUUGCGGUACUUUCUCUAUCAUUCAAUUCCUUUGAGGGUACAGUACCUACAUGGCUGGCGAAACUACCUGAGCUUGCAGUAAUAUAUUUAGGUUCAAAUAAACUGCAUGGCCCUAUCCCAGCUGCUCUGAGCAAUCUAACCAGUCUUAUUGGAUUGGACCUCUCAGUUGGCAAUUUAACAGGCAAUAUUCCACCUGAACUCGAACAAUUAAAUCAGCUCACGCAUCUGAUGUUCUCACAAAAUCAGUUGACUGGAUCAUUUCCAUCCUUCGCUAGCAACUUGUCAAAAUUAUCUGUCCUAUACCUUGAUCGAAAUCUUUUGAUAGGUUUCGUGCCAACCACACUUGGUAGUUCAGGGAAUCUUCAACUAAUUUCGCUAGGUGGGAACUAUCUUGAAGGCAAUCUUAACUUCCUAUCAAGUCUUUCAAAUUGUAGACAACUCUACCACCUUGAUAUAGGGCUGAAUCAUUUCACUGGAGGAAUCCCUGAUUCUAUUGGAAAUCUCUCUAAUCAGCUAUUAUCGUUUCUUGCAGAUGGAAACAAUUUAAUUGGUGAGAUUCCUCCAUCAGUAUCCAAUUUGAGCAGUCUAACUAUUAUAGAUUUUGCAGAAAACCAACUGAGGAGCACUAUCCCAAAAACAAUGAUGUUGAUGGAGAAGCUCGUUUUUAUGUAUCUCUAUGGAAACCGCUUGUAUGGAGCAAUCCCAACAGAGAUAGGAGUGCUUGGGAACCUAGAAAGACUAAUCCUCAAUGAUAAUCAACUAUCUGGCCCCAUACCACAUGAGCUUGGCAACCUCUCCCAGUUAAUAUACUUUGCUGCAUUUCAAAACCAACUAUCCGCGUCUAUACCAGGAAGCUUAUUUCACAUUGUGGGCCUUGUGGAACUUGACCUACAUCAAAACUCAUUGAGCGGAUCAUUGCCAAAUGAAAUAGGAACCCAGUUACAAAUAAGCAGCAUCGAUGUCUCCAGUAACCUCUUGCAUGGUAGCCUUCCUAAUUCCUUUGGACAAUUGCAAACACUGAUCUUCCUAAAUCUAUCACACAAUUUUCUAAAUGAUUCAAUUCCAGAUUCAUUUGGCAAGCUAACCAGCUUGAAAUUAAUGGAUCUGUCUCAUAACAAGCUCUCCAGUACAAUUCCAACAUAUUUGGCUCAUUUUCGAGAUCUCAUCAGCUUGAACCUGUCAUUCAAUAAAUUUUACGGUCAGAUACCAGAAGGAGGCAUCUUCACAAAAAUUACAUUCCAAUCUUUGAUGGGAAACUCGGGUUUGUGUAGUGCCUCCCUUUUAGGAUUUCUCCCCUGUCCAAACAACCACCACUCAAGAAAUCACAAACACAUCCAUAAACUCUGGAUCGUCAGUAUCAUAACAUUAGUUGGAGUGGGAGUAGUAUGCAUGUAUGUGAUAAUCAGCAAAUGGAGGAAGAAAAAAGUGGUAGUUUCUGUUGGCAUGGUUGAUAUGAACAACCAAAGGUUGUUAAUUUCAUACCAUGAUAUUGUCCGGGCCACAGAUAACUUUAGUGAAAGCAAUCUGUUGGGUGUUGGAACCUUUGGCAAAGUUUACAAGGGCCAACUACGAGAUGACAUGAUGGUUGCAAUUAAAGUUCUAAACAUGCAGCUGGAACAAGCUAUUAGAAGCUUUGACACCGAGUGUAAUGUGCUGCGCAUGGCUCGACACCACAAUUUGAUAAGAAUACUCAACACAUGUUCAAACUUGGACUUCAAAGCAUUGAUUCUUUAGUAUAUGCCUAAUGGUAACUUGGAAACAUAUUUGCUCCCUGAAGCACGGCAGAGUUUGGGAUUCUUGAAGAGGUUGGACAUUAUGUUGGAUGUGUCACUAGCAAUGGAGUACCUACAUUAUGAACAUUGUGAGGUUGUUAUCCAUUGUGACUUAAAGCCAACCAAUAUUUUAUUGGAUGACAACAUGACAGCACAUGUGGCUGACUUUGGAAUUGCGAAGCUAUUAUUCGGUAAUGAAAAUAGUGUAACUGCAAACUCGCUUGGAACAAUUGGAUAUAUGGCACCAGAGUAUGGAGCAAAUGGAAGAGCAUCGAUAAAGAGUGAUGUGUUUAGCUACGGAAUCAUGCUUCUUGAGGUAUUCACCGGAAAGAAGCCAACAGAUUCAAUGUUUGUGGGGGAAUUAAAUAUCAGGCAAUGGGUUAACCAAGCAUUUCCUGAAAGGCUUGUUAAUGUUGUGGAUGUACGUUUAUUGCAAGACCUCCCUGAUCCCAUGGAUAAAUUCCUUAUGCCAAUAUUUGAGUUGGGUUUGCUAUGCUCGAGUGACACACCUGACAACAGGCUGACCAUGAGAGAUGUGGUUCUAACACUGAACAAAAUAAAGAAGGAUUAUGUUUGUUCUACAGCAAACCAAGAUCCCAACUGAUGAUAGUGUUUAGAAAUAUCUGUAAGCAAUUUGUAUGAUGGAUACAAGUUUCCUCCAAUAUAUUGUGGGCAGCGGAUAGAAGUGUUUGCUUGUAAUGAACAAAUUAUCUGGCAUUUUGCAUCCACCUCUGAUUUUCGAGUUUAAGAUCCAA